AUGACUGAACCAAUUCCAGGUCCACGAGCUCUCCCUUUCGUCGGCAACCUGCUCGACAUAUGGCAAGACCGAGAUAUUCCUCUUCGAGGGUUGGAACGUGUCGCUGAAGCUUAUGGCCCAAUUUAUCAAGCUAUGCUCGGUGGUAAAAGGCGCAUCAUCAUCAGUUCUGCAGCGCUACUGGAAGAACUCACAGACGAGAAACGUUUCUCCAAAGUUCCACCGCCUUCAGUGUCCAACAACCCCGGACCCAAGGGCCUCUUCGUUGCCAAAAAUGAAGACCCGGACUGGCAUCAGGGACAUAGAAUCCUGAUGCCUGCAUUCGCUCCAUUUUCCGUCCAAUCCAUGUUCCCCGACAUGAAAGAUAUUGCGAAUCAAUUGAUCUUGUCCUGGGCUCGGAAAGGAGCCGAUCACAAAAUUCUGGCUACGGAGGAUUUCACCCGCCUUACUCUGGAUACUAUAGCGCUUUGUUCGAUGAGCUUCCGCUUCAACUCGUUCUACACAGAUACCAUGCAUCCAUUCGUUGACGCAAUGCUGUAUGUUUUUUCAGAAAACACUGCCAGAACAAGUCGACCUGCCAUUGCUACAAAGUUGAGAUAUAAAGCGAACAAGCAAUUCGAUGAGGCACGGGCAUUCAUGCGGAAGGUCAGCCAAGAUAUCGUCACCAACCGGCGAGCAAAUCCGACAGACAAGUCUGAUGUGCUCAACACCAUGAUCUAUGGAAAAGACCCCAAGACAGGCCAAGUGAUGCGUGAUGAAUUGAUUACAGAACAGAUGUUGACGUUUCUUAUUGCUGGACAUGAAACUACCUCUGGUUUGCUUUCAUUCGCAACCGCCUACCUUCUUCAAAAUCCCCAUGUCUAUCUGAAGGCACAGAAAGAAGUAGAUGAAGUUAUUGGAAAGAGGUCUAUUGAGGCCAAAGACCUGCAGAACCUCAAAUACUUGAAUGCUGUGCUUCGCGAAACCGCCCGUCUUUCACCCACGGUACCUGUCCUGCAAAAGCAUAUCAACCCGGCCAUUGCCCAUGAGGUUGUUACAUUAGACAAUGGGAGGUAUCGUAUCAAUCCGGAGGAUCACAUCAUCCUUCUUAUGUCCAAAUGUCAAACAGAUCCAAAGGUUUGGGGGGAUACUGCAGCGGAUUUCGAACCUGAACGUAUGCUGGACGAGAAUUUUGACAAAAUUCUCGCCGAAUACCCGGGUGCGUGGAAGCCCUUUGGAAAUGGCAAGAGAGCUUGCAUUGGCCGCCCAUUCGCGUGGCAAGAGGCACUUCUUGUUUUGGCGAUGAUUUUGCAGAACUUUGACGUUUCUUUGGAUGAUCCUGCAUACAGCAUGAAGAUCAAGCAAACCUUGACCAUCAAACCUGCUGACCUGUACAUUCGUGUGAAGCCAAGAGACCAGAUGGAUGCUACACACAUGGAUUCACUGCUCCAUACGAAUGGUGCUUCAGCUAAAGCAAACGGUGCUAAUGGUACGAGUGGUGUCACUCAUACCAACAACGGCACAAACGGAAUCAAGAUCCAGCCCGCCACAAAUGGAACGAGCAAAGAAUCAUCCACAAAACCCACAGAUUCGAAGCCGAUCUUGAUCCUGUACGGCAGCAAUACCGGAACUUGUCAAGCAUUUGCACAACGUAUCGCCUCUGAUGUUGCAUCUCGAGGCUACGCACCAACAAUCAACGAUAUGGACUCUGCCACUGGGUCGCUCCCGACAGACAAACCAGUCAUGGUGAUCACUUCAUCCUACGAGGGCCAGCCUCCAGACAAUGCUGCGAGAUUCAUGGAAUGGUUGCAGGAGUGUAAGGAGGGCUCUUUGGCCGGAGUCGAGUACACCGUAUUUGGUUGUGGCCAUCGCGACUGGACUCGCACAUUCCAUCGCAUCCCGAAAUUGGCGGAUGAGUUGCUGUCAAAGUGCGGAGCCAAACGACUUGUCAGUGCUGGGUACAUUGACGCUGCUAAAGGAAAUCUUUAUGGCGACUUCGAUGACUGGGUCGAUAACUCAUUCUGGCCCAAGAUGGCCUUGGAGCAGAUCCAGGCUAGCCUUGAGUCCACCAGCAAUGUCGAGAUUUCGACCAGUGCACGCGCAUCCAAUCUUCGAUAUGAUGUCAGACCAGCCCUGGUCAAGUCCAACUACGUCCUGACGAGCAAUGGUGAACCGACCAAACGGCACAUGGAGAUCGAGCUUCCUUCGGACUGCACAUAUGAAUGCGGUGAUUAUCUUGCCGUUCUUCCCUUGAACUCAGAGAAGAAAGUAAGACGGAUUAUGAAUCACUUUUCGUUACCGUGGGACUCGGUCGUCACCAUCAAGUCUGAUUUGCCUUCAGUCAUCCCCACGAAUGUGCCUCUGGCGGUCUUUGAUGUCUUACGCAGCUAUGUUGAGCUGUCAGAGCCAGCGACAAAGAAGAACAUUAAACUCCUCUCGCUGCAUUCUGAAGAUUCGAAGGACGAAAAAUACCUCCAGGAGCUGAUUGCGAGUAGUGAUCGAUAUGACCAAGAAAUCACGGCGAAGCGAACCAGCCUCUUCGACAUCCUGUCGCAUCACGCAUCAGUGAAACUCCCCUUCGGAGAAUUUCUUACUAUGCUCCCACCAUUACAUGUUCGACAAUAUUCAAUUUCGUCCUCUCCUCUGGCCAACGCAUCGACCUGCACUAUUACAUACGGAGUGAUCGACACCGCAGCUAUGUCUGACCCGGAGCAACGCUAUGAAGGCGUGACAGGCAACUACAUGCAAAGCCUGACCGAAGGGGACACGAUACAGGUCAGCGUCCGCCCCUCUGCAAAAAAGACAUUCCGUAUCCCUGCCGAUGCCGAGAAGACUCCACUCCUCAUGUUCGCGGCCGGUACUGGUAUAGCACCUUUCAGGGGUUUCCUCCAACACCGCUCGAUCCAGCUGCACUCCAAUCCCAACCGCAAGCUCGCCCGCGCACUCCUCUUCCUCGGUUGCCGCACUCAAACUGGAGACAGACUGUACGCGGAGGAGCUCGAUCAGUGGGUCAAGGAAGGCGUUGUCGAAGUGCGAUAUGCUUUCAGCAAGGAAAAAGACGCGUCGAAAGGCUGUGCCUACGUGCCUGAUCGUAUGCUACAUGACGCCGAAGACAUCGUCAGUCUCUGGCGCGGCGACGCCCGCGGCUACGUCUGUGGCACCAGAAAGCUCGCAGAAGGUAUUCGUGACGCAGCCACCAAGAUUGCCAUUGAUGCCCGUGCUCGUCUGAUCGAAGGGAAGGGCGAUAUCUCGGAGGAGGAGAAGGCCAAGAUGGAAACUCGCUUCAAGGAAGCCCUCCAGGAGCGUGUUGCUAGUGAUGUGUUUGAUUGA